AUGUCUCCAAUUUACAGAACUAUUCAAAAACAUUUCAUUGCUUUAGAACAAGAAGAAGGUGUGGGUGCUCGCGUUAGAAGAUCUAUUGGAUCCAUGAAACAAAAGAAUUUCUCUCCUUUCCUCUUACUAGACCAUUUCACUGUCUCUCACCCUGAUGGUUUCCCAGAUCAUCCACAUCACGGUCAAGAAACUAUCACUUACAUGCAUCAAGGUAUGGUUGCACAUGAAGACUUCACUGGUUCAAAAGGUGUUUUAAGACCUGGUGAUUUACAAUUCAUGACCGCUGGUAAAGGCAUCAUGCAUUCUGAGAUCCCUGUUUUAAUGGAAAAUGGUGACGCUGCCAUAGGCUUACAAUUAUGGGUCGAUUUACCUAAAGAUAUGAAGGAUUGUGCUCCACGUUACAGAGAUCUAAGACGCGAUGAGAUUCAUAUUGCUAAACCAAACGAACAUUUAACUGUGAAAGUCAUUAGUGGCAAGUCCUAUGGUGUGGAAUCUUUGAAAGAAUUGGCUUAUACACCUGUGGAAUUCUAUCAUUUUAAAUCAGAUAAAAAGGGUACCGAGUUUGAGCAACAAGUUCCAACCAAUUUCAACGUCUUCCUAUACGUCAUGAACGGAUCCGUUAUCAUCGAUGGUAAGGUUUAUCCACAAUAUUCUACUAUAUUCUAUAAUACCGAUGGUGACAGUGUCAAGGGUAUGACUGGUAACAAUAACACUGAGUUUGCUCUUAUUGGUGGUUUAAACCUAGAUCAAUCUGUUAUUCAACAUGGUCCAUUUGUUGAGACUAGUAAAGAAAGAUUAAUUAAGGUGUUUGAAAAUUUCCAAUAUGGCAUAAAUGGGUUUGAAAAAGCUGUUGGUUGGAAAUCUACUAUUCGUAAUGGUAUCUUAGAAAAAGAUGUAUCGACAUUUGAAAAGUCUUCCAAAACGUAA